AAACUAAGCGCCGUACCAGUUGUUGAUACUUUGUUGGAUAUCGAAGAUUUAUUUUAUUGUUGGCGUGAAAAAACAAAACAACGCCUUUUGUAGGUAAACCCAGCAGAUCAGUAGCUUGAAAACGGUGGCCUUGAAGCUGCUACAGAAAAUUCUGCAGCAGCACAUAUGAGCCACUUCUCCACUAGACUCUACAAAAUAUGCGGAAUAUUGGCUCCGACAUAAACAAGUCCAGGGAAUCAAGCACCAUGUGUGCCCUGCCAUCCUCCCAACCUCCAACAAAGAGGAAGGAAAUCUACAAGUACGAGGCACCAUGGACGGUUUACAGCAUGAACUGGAGCAUCCGACCGGACAAACGUUUCAGACUUGCCCUGGGAAGUUUUGUUGAGGAAUACAACAACAAGGUCCAGAUUGUCUCCCUUGAUGAAGAAACAUCUGAAUUUACAUCAAAGAGCACAUUUGAUCACCCAUACCCAACCACCAAGAUUAUGUGGAUACCAGAUUCUAAAGGUGUAUUUCCUGAUCUUCUGGCCACCAGUGGAGAUUACCUGAGGGUAUGGAGAGUCAGUAGUGACAAUGAAACACGAUUAGAGUGCCUACUUAACAAUAAUAAAAAUUCAGACUUCUGUGCCCCAUUGACGUCAUUUGAUUGGAAUGAAGUUGACCCAAAUUUACUUGGAACUUCCAGUAUAGACACAACCUGUACAAUAUGGGGCUUGGAGACAGGUCAGGUUUUGGGGCGCGUGAAUGUUGUAUCCGGCCAUGUAAAGACGCAGCUCAUUGCACACGACAAGGAAGUCUAUGAUAUUGCUUUCAGUCGAGCAGGAGGUGGUCGCGACAUGUUUGCAAGUGUUGGUGCCGAUGGCUCUGUGCGGAUGUUUGACCUCCGACAUCUGGAACAUUCCACCAUUAUAUACGAGGACCCACAGCACCAUCCCCUGCUCAGACUGGGCUGGAACAAACAGGAUCCUAACUAUCUAGCCACUAUGGCUAUGGAUUCCCUCGAGGUGAUAAUACUGGAUGUGCGAGUACCAUGUACUCCCGUGGCCAGACUCAACAACCACAGGGCCUGUGUGAAUGGCAUUGCCUGGGCUCCACACUCCAGCUGUCAUAUCUGUACUGCAGCUGAUGACCACCAGGCACUGAUAUGGGAUAUCCAGUCAAUGCCUCGGGCGAUCGAGGAUCCAAUACUGGCAUACACAGCAGGCGGGGAAAUCAACCAGACACAAUGGUCAUCAACACAGCCGGACUGGAUCUCAAUCUGUUACAAUAAUUGUCUGGAGAUACUACGGGUCUGAGGCGUCAAGUGUACUAGUUCUGUUUGGCAGCCAUUUGUUGCCAUUUAUAGAAGUCGUCAGUGUAAUGGUUAUAGACAUUGUCUAAGACAUCUCACACUUUCUCUUUAUGAACAAUACCUGUUUAUAAUCCUCUCGGAUACAUUCGUCGGGUUGAUUAUAAACUUGGUAAACAGAUGCUCUCCUGAAAUCUUGGAACAAUUUGGCAGCAAUAUCUAUAUGAUGACAUGAUCUGUCAGUUUUCACCCAACAAGAACAGGAUUAGCUCACAAGUGUGACAUUGUCUCCAUGUAGCAUUCAAGUAUGGCCAUAGUAUCAAAUACUAGAUGAUCAAUAUUUGUAAAAGUUUCUUUAUGAUGUAUUGGAUAACUUGAUCACAUCUGAGUUACUUGUCAUAUUGAUGGUGGUACGAUUCAGGGAAAUGCCUUUAUUUUCUGAAUUCAGUAUUUACAGCGGAUUUCUGGAAAUCUGGAGCCUUCACCUGAUUAAUUUCCUGGAGUAUGAUCAUUCAGAUUCAGGAUUGCUCCUUGUAGAGAUGGAUUUCUCAAAAUCACCAAAAGGACACUUCCCAGGCUAUAACGUUACAUGUAAUACUGAAAACCUUGGUUUUAUUUGAUUUGUGGGGUACCAUUGUAGAAGGCUGUGUGUCUCCCUGGCUAUAAAACUAUGUAUUAUUUGUUUUACAUUUGUAUGUAUGUAAAUAAAUCCUGACAUUUUCAGAACAGAUACACAAUUACACACAUACCCAGUAUGUAUGUUAAUUUAAUAGAAUCGUUCAUGUACAUUAUGUAUGGUGAUGAUUCCAGAAAAUGUCAAUCAGGAGUGUAAAAAUCCACAAAUUCCAGGGCUACAAAAUUUUCUGUUUAGUCUAGUAAAAAUGACACCCAUACUAGCCCAGGGCUAGUGAAUUUCCCAUGUUUCAGCAGAUAAAUAGUUAAAUUUAAUUCUAUGAACAGGGGUGUCCAAAACACUUUAAAACCUUGAAAGUAUUGGCAAUAAUCUUAAUUGCCUUUGAGUUAAUCUAAUAUGGAGUCCUUUGUACCAAAUAUAUCAUAUAUCGAAACUUUAUUUUCCGAAUUUUUCCAACUUAUUACAUGUAGUUUGGCUAACAGAUUUUAUAGUAGAUUUUUGGUGUCUAGUAGCCCUGGGCUAGUGAAGUUUAUUUGUCUACUAGCACUAUAGGCUAGUGAUUAAAGAUUUUGUUUUAACCCCUGUGUAUGCAUACACAAUUGUAUAUUUAUUAAAACCUCAUAGAAUUGUCCAUCUAUGUAUGCUGAUGAUUUCAAACCACUGCCCAUCUAUGCCUACAAGUAUAUGUGUAUAGUUCCACUUAUUCUUCCUGUGGAGAGUACAUUGUCUAUUUGUAAGUGGAAAAAUUUUCAUACAGUCGUGUGUGUAUUUAUAAUUUCUGUAGUGAGAAAGCUUUCAAGAUUGCAUUCAUCGUUCCAUUUUCUUGAAAAAUCAGAAAUUACCUUUUUUUACAUGUAAGAGUUCAGAGAUUUUAUAUUGUAUUGUAAAUAAUGAUUUGAUUUUGUAUAGUGUCAGUAAUUUUGUCAUGCUGUUCUACUUUUUUAUUCCUUUUUUUUCGUCUUGCAUUUUUUUUUUUACAUAAUUAGCAAACAAUAAAACAAAAUUUGUGAACCCUGUUGUCAUUGGUUAGGAGGGGGGGGGGGGGGUGUGUGAUUAUGAACAACUAUGUUAAGACUUGUAAUUGCUCUUGUGUUGGUUUGUCUAAUUUAUUAGUCAUAGUUGAGCUCUUCUCAACCAGAUCAGUUUGGAAAGCAAUUCACAAAAUCUGUAUAGUAUUUGAAGCUUUUGGGACCUGGUACAUGACUUGAUGUCUGUAUCACUGAUACAGAGUAUUCUAUCGACACAUACAACAGCUAAAGUAACACAGCCAUUCUCAUGAUCAUUAAGAUAAAAUUGUAAUCUGAUCCAAUAGUUUCUGAAUCAUUAGAAUUCUACUGACGAUCACCCAAACCAUCGUUAGUGUUGGCCAGUGUUAGUAUAGAGGCUGUACUUACGACUGAAAAUGUACAGAAAUAUAAAUCUCUUGAAAUUGUUGCUUUUCUGUUUGAUUGUAUCAACUAGACAUUCACAAUGAUAGUGGUUGAAAUUACUGAAAACUUCCUCUAGGAAAACAUUUAUUUAUUGAUUGUAUUAUUAUAUGUGUUAGUUAUGGUAAGUCUUUUUUAUGGUAUUUCAUUUAGGAAAGAAUCACUUUACAAUAUAUCAAUGGAAGAGUCGGAUUUCCAUUUCCAGGCAGUUGAUGGUUCCUGCCUUGGCCCAGAUGUUCAAUUUUAAAAUCCAGAUCAAAUAAUUUCUGGUAAAACUAACUUAACAAAAUUCUAUGAGACUAUAACAUUCGUCAUUCUCUUCCUACCUGACCGUUUUAAGGAAUACACACACUCAGGUUUGGAAGUAAAGGAGAAAUGAGAUUUUUUUAAUCAAGUGAUUAAGCUAAUCACCUUUCAAACAACUGGGCCCAGGUGCUUACCAUGUUUAUUAUACACACAUUACCAACUAAAGUUAAAACACUGGCUGCUUUCUAGCUAUCUUGCUUCUGACUGGUCAAUAAUGUAUCAUUUGUCUUUAUAACAAAAUGGGAAUGCAUAACUCAACCUAAUUUUGAUGGAAAUCAAUAUUUCAUAUUUUCUGUUAAGUUCAUUUGAAAUAUACACUGUAAAAAUAUGUUGAGAAUUCCACAUUUGUCAAUAUACAUAAUUGUCUAGAAAAAUGUCAAAGACAUAUUAUCAUCAACUCACUUCAAUUCAUAUACAUUGUACAUGUAACAGUGUUCAUUAAAACGCCAUUGAAAUAUGAA